CCUCAAGUCUAAGCUUCGAUGUGGACGCAUUCUUUGCCGGGUUCGAUGUGGCCGCAAAUUAUUACGGAGGUGUGUCGAAGAGACGGCAGCGCAUCCACAUUCGCGACGACGAAGAUGCUGCAUUCGUGCAGACGCUUCUACAAGCCGAUUUAGACAAACAAAGGGAGAUGAAGGGUUCGGAGACGGUGUCGGCACAACCAUCAGGCACUAGCGCCACGAAGAAGAAAAUUACUCAAGCGUUGCGCAAUCGAGCAGGGCCGACCGGAGAUGCGGAUGGGACAAAAGUUAAGAUGAUCCGAUCAUCUUCAUGAUUUUUUGAAAUAUGCAUGUUGUAUAUGAUUCAUAUUGCAAUGGGGAGGGACACUAGAAGUGCAGAAUCAACGGCAUUCAUGCAGAUCAAUGCGAACAUGGUUUUUGUUGCUAGAUGAAGUGAUUUUUUUUGCUAGUUCUUGACUUUCUCUCUAACCUAGGAAACAAGCAGUCCAAAGACUACGACGCAGACGGCAGGCAGGCAAGCAGAGGCGAUGAGGAUUCCAGUGGUCCCUCCUCGCGGAAAGGGCAGUAUCAAAGCGGAGGCUCCGCUUCGUCCACAUCCAAUAAAUCGGGCAGCAGUAGUGCUACAACUGAGCAAGACAGGAACAGUUCUGCAGAUGUCCGUUCGCGCCUUCUGACUCUCUAUUAAGGGCUCGCACGUGGAAUUCUGCACUUGCAUCCUUGAAUUUUUCUAAGGAGGUCUGCCCACCGAGGUCAGAAUAUCAGGUUGAUCUCAUGACUAGCGGGGACGGAGUAGUUUCAAGUGCAUAUAUCUUAGAAGAAAACACAUGAACAGGGAUGCUCUCCUGAAAGAUUUCAUGCAAUGUCGGAGCUUCUAACUUUAUUACCUGAAGCAUUUGAAAGUGUUGAACGGGGUGUCGGUGACCGCCGAGGAAACGCAAAGGGCAACGACGAUGUACGCCAUGCGAUUGCAGGUGGAGAUGGUAGAGGAAUUACUACAGUGCGAA